GCCUAAAUGCGAUGUUACAGGAACUGUUGAUAAAGAGUUAAUCGUAUAAUGAAAGCUUUCAUUCCUUCAAACUCGUUUUAUUGGAUAUAGACAGCCUUUGGGAUCUUUUUAUUACUCUAGAUAAAUCGUUCUCCAAGCAGACGACACAUGCCAUACGACACCAUGCUUACAUUGAUGACGUUUUGCUUUACGGCAAUAUUCACCAUGCUGUCGAAAAAUUAUGUGAACGCUUUACCAAACAGAAAUGACUACGAACUUUUUCAGAAUGGCUUUACAAGUAGCGACGUACAAGCAGACAAUGUUUGGGACAAUAUCUUACGGCUACUAUUGUCUCCGGAAACGCAUGAACAAACAUCCGCUAUUGAAAACGAGCAAACUCGUGAAAUAAACCCAUUUCUAUCGUCUGACUAUCUGAAUAAAGACACACUCUAUCCGCUAAUGGACGAUGAACAGUUUAUAAUAGAAAUGCCUGAAUCAGGUGAUCAAAUUGUUUCCAAGAAUGAAUUUAAAGCAGACGACAUUGAAAAGUAUGCAACGCCGGGUUUGUCAAAAUUGCUCAAAUUAAUUGAUCAUUUGAAAUUGCCGGAAUAUAAGCAAGUCUCGACGAAAGAAGCAAAACGAGGUUGGAAUAGCAAUGGGGCAUUUGACACGCUCGUUAGCGCAGUUGGCAGAUUAGGUCGUUUGAAUGAUAAAGAAUCUAAAUCGGAGAGCAGAAGAUUUCAUUCUUGGGGUGGAUAACAGGUCACAUGCAAAGCACAGAAAUUGUUAUCAAAUCAAGUGCUGGACAGAACAGAAAUUCAACAGAACAGGAAUCAAAAUAAAGUGCUUAAUAGAAUAGGGGUAUAACCUGUUUAAAAUCAAAAUUAAAAUCAAAGC